AGAUUCCUGCUGGGAGUUCUCUCUGGCGUCACCCUCGGGAGGGGGGACGGAGGGCGGGCAAAGUUCGGCUCCUAUAAAGUCAGGUCUGGUCCUCUUCAUUCAUUCCCCUGGCAGCACCGCCGGCAGCAGCCCGUCCAGCCUUUGCAGAAAAUCUGGGAGCAAAUCCUGCCCUGAAGCCGCCGGAUUUCUGCAGGAUGCUGAGGAGAGCGGCGCCGAACGCGCUGCGCGGCGUCGGGGCCGCCCUCACCUGCCUGCAGCUCCUGCUGCUCCUCUCGGCCGUGGAUUCCCGGCCCCACACGUGGGACCAGGACAGGUUCCAGCUGGAAGCCGUCAAAAAGGAGAUCCUGGAGCGGCUGGGAAUGCCGGCUCCCCCCGUCAGCCAGCGCCAGCUGGACCAGGAGAGCAUCCAGAGAGCGCAGCGCCUCUACCAGCAGAAAGUGGCGGAGCUGGCGGGGAACCGGAGCCGGGAGGAGGAGGAAGAGGAGGAAGCCGUGUCCAGGACCCGGCGGCUGCACCGCCUGACCCCCACCUUGUUGCGCUGGGUGGACAUCCCCGAGGGACAUCCGGACUCUCAAGGACACCGGGACGCCCAGGGACACCGGGAGCCCCGCGGUCCCUACCGCUACCACCUCCUGCUGUCCCGCACCGAGGAUUUCCACCGGCAGCUCCGCGUGGUGCAGGCGGAGCUGAAACUCUUCAAGCAGCCGCUGUCCCCGCCCGGCGCCUCGGUGCCACCUCGGGUCACCAUCUACACCCUGCAGGGGGCUGAGGGCACCCCCCAGCUCCUGCACAGCCGGGAGCUGCACCGGCAUUCCCGCAGCCUGGACCUGACAGGAGCCAUCCAGCCCUGGGUGGCCGGGCCCGAGCCCACGCUGCGCCUGGAGCUGGAUUUCACCGCCAACGUCUCGGCCGCCCUGGCCGCCCCCGCGGGGGAAACGCUGGUGCUGGAGGUGGAAACCCUGGAGAAGCCGGCUCGGGCGGCCAGGAGAGCUCGGGGGCUGGAGGAGGAGUGCGGGAAGAGCGAUGGGAAGUGCUGCCUGAAGUCGCUGAAGGUCUCCUUCCAGGACAUCGGCUGGUCGGACUGGGUCAUCGCCCCCAACAGCUACUACAUGAGGUUCUGCGAGGGCUCCUGCCCCCACAACUACAAACCGGCCAGCAUGCACGCCCAGAUCAAAUCCCGAGUGCACUCCCUGUCCAAGGCUGCGCCCCCGCCCUGCUGCGUCCCCGCAGGCUACGACCCCAUGGUGCUGAUGCACCUGGACAGCGAGGGCAGGCUGGUGUCCAGCCUCUUCGAGGACAUGCUGGUCACCAGGUGCCACUGUGCCUGACGGCAGCACCGACAGCUCCAGCUGUGUCACCAACCAGGUGGGGCAAAGCCAUCCCGGCUCCUGGCAGCUCCAGCAUCCCAAAAUCCAGGUCCUGUGGCACCAAGUGACUCCACGUCAGCCCUGGAUCCACCACUGAGCUCAGCCAUGGGGUCUCCAGCUCCAGCAUCCCAAAAUCCAGGUCCUGUGGCACCAAGUGACUCCACGCCAGCCCUG